AAUACAACAAGUGGCAAUAACAGUAUGGCAUUGGUCAAGGCUGGAGCUGGAAAACCAGUGGUGGCACAAAGUGUUGCUGGGAAAACCUGUCGCUUUCCCAAACUCGAAGAUUGUGCACAUUUCCACUAUGAACGUGUACAACUGGGUCCUCUCUCAGUACGUUUGGUCGAUGAUAAAUCCGAAUUGUUGAACAGCAGCAUAGCAUCCCAAUCGAUAGGUGGUGAUAUUGCUGGCAGUACAUGUUCCACGUCGCAGGGACCCUCAUCAUUGCGUACCUUCUCCCCCUCAUCCUGCUGGUUUAUUAUCAAAGUAUUUCCACAUCGAUCAGAUCCAUUUUUGGUUAAGCGGUCCUUUGAUAAUAUGCAAAUGUUGGAUGAAAUGUUGCAUCGCUGUGUGUAUGAUCGUAAAAUAAGUGGUCUCAAACAUCUCUCCGAAGUGGAAUUUAAAAAUGAAGAAGAAGUUGAAUAUGCAGUGGCCAAAUAUUUGGAACGUUUCUCAAAAAUCGCCUCAGAUUCAUUGACCUGUGGUACGAUAUUGACAUGGUUGCAGUUGGACAAUAAGGGUAGAAGGUUGCCACUGGCCGAUGAUGAUACCAUGAGAACCAUCAAUACCCCUGCUGUGGGAGCGGCGUAUGGUGUAAGACGUUAUCAGGCACAGGCUUCAGAUGAAAUUUCCAUAGAAGUUGGAGAUAUGAUAUCGGUGAUCGAUAUGCCCUCACCAGCUGAAUCGAUUUGGUGGAGAGGUAAAAAAUCGCAUUUACAAAAAUCCCAUUAUGAGGUUGGAUUCUUUCCACAAUCGUGUGUGGCCACAAUUGGUGAUAAGAUACCACGGCAUUUUCCAAUGCCAGCUCCAUUGGUGGGUCAGGUGGAAGUGUCACCAACCAAGCCGGUUUUACGCAAACAUGGUAAAUUGAUUGCCUUCUUUCGUUCAUUUAUCCUGUCGCGACCCUCACGACGUCGCCUUAAACAAAGUGGUAUUUAUCGGGAGCGUGUCUUCUCUUGUGAUCUCUCGGAACAUUUACUCAAUAGUGGCCAAGAGAUACCAAUGGUCUUAAAAUGUUGUGCCGAAUUCAUUGAGGAACAUGGUAUUGUUGAUGGUAUUUAUCGUUUAUCUGGUAUUACAUCGAAUAUACAAAAGUUGAGAAGGGCAUUCGAUGAGGAACGGGUACCAGAUUUGGGUAAUCCUGAAAUGAAACAGGAUAUCCACGCAGUUAGUUCACUGCUAAAAAUGUAUUUCCGUGAAUUGCCGAAUCCUCUGUGCACCUACCAGCUAUACGACAACUUUGUUGAGGCCAUACAAGCGAAAAGUGAAAGCAACGAAAGGCUAAGACUGAUGAAGGAGACCGUGUUGAAAUUACCACCACCACAUUAUAGGACCCUCAAAUAUCUCUCAGAACAUUUAAAUAAAAUCUCCCAAUAUGCUGAACGCACCGGCAUGACAGAUAAAAAUUUGGCCAUUGUUUGGGCACCAAAUCUGUUACGUUCCCCGGCAUUGGAAUCUGGUGGUGUGGCCGCUCUACGAGGUGUCGGAGUCCAAGCGGUGGUCACUGAAUAUUUAAUACGUAAUUGUCAUUUAAUAUUUGAUGCCCUGGAAGAGGCCGUAGUACGUCUCAGCUAUAUUGCCACCCAAGGCGCCGUUGUCUCCUCCACCUCCUCGUCGGCAAAUCCAACAGCUGCCGAAAAUCGCAUGGAUUCUCUAACCGAUUGUGAAAGUUUAUUGGUCGAACAGCGAGAACAUGAUCAAAGCACUGCCUUUGUGGAACGACCUAAGAGUCUAAGUGCCGGUGGUCCCAAACUGAUUAGUUUAGAAGAGGCUCAAGAACGUCAUAUGAAAUAUGAUGGUUUCGAUAUGAAGCAGUCGAUGCCCAUAAAUAUGAUAUCUAGUGUAAAUUCGGGGCAAAACAUUGGCUCCUACAUCGAGGUGGGUGGUGGGCCCUCAAGUUUACCCGAUAAAUAUCACACGGUGUUGUCGGUGCCACGCAGUUGGCAAAAACGUAAGACCCACAGUUGGAAAUCGUUGUUUUCACGCAAUCAACGGCCGGUUAGUAAUGGCGCAGCCCAUGAGCUGAAAUCUUCCAUUGUUGUAACGGCACGCAUUGAUGAUGACGAUGAUUCACAUUCGCCGCCACCACGACACAAAGAAACACCGCAAGUAACCUUUGCCGAUGCCGACUGCAUAAUUGGUGUCAAUGGUAAGCCCUCGAAGAGUGCCCUAAUGAAACGUGAAGAGAAACACAAAUCAAUUGAACUCUUUGAAACAUCACGCUCCUAUUGUGGCGAGCCAAGCAAACCGAUUGAGGUGUGUGUGCGCUCCAAUUCCAUUGAUAGUUUGCGUACGGCGGGCCACUCACGUUCCGUGUCGCAUGAUUCAUACUUUGAUUUGCUGCAAUCGCCGCAAAGGGGCAAUGUGACAACAUGUCCUUCAAGAGAACUCUCCGAACUGGGUUUGAACUUUGAUCGUGAAGAACCUGAAAUGCGUAUAUUUUCGGAAAGUGAGUCAUUGGUUAGUUCGCCCAGGGUAGGCAAAGAAAAUAUACCACCUUCAUCGGGCUCUACAUCGCGACGCAUAAUGCGAGCCCGGCCAGAAGAAUUUUCCAGUCAAACGAAUAGUGUUAAUCCCAGUCCUAAGAAACAACCACGUCUUAAUCUACUACUAUCACCAAGUUCAGCGGCUGCAGCGGCAGGUGCCUCAUCGACAACAGCCAGCACAGCUAGUCCUUCAAAUACAACCACCACAUGGUCUCAACCCAGCGAAUGUCAUGGUGAAACCCCCACCACCUGUCAUGAACACAAUAGCGAUGAGAGUUGUUGUAAACGUUAUAAAUUAGAAGAUCAAUUAUCCGAUAUACAAUACAUCGAUUGUGGUACACCCGAACAUACCGUGGCCAAUCCUCAUACACUUUAUGCCAGUGUUCAGGUACAUGCACCACCUGCGCCAACCAGUCAAGCUUCAUCAUCUACCCUUUAUGGUGGCAAUUCCUCGACGGAAAUUACCACCCCCACCAAACAAAGGCAACAAGUGCCAAUGGAUGGUCAAAAGAAUGCGAACGGCAAUUCAAAUACCCGUUAUAGUUAUCCGUCGGUACAAUUGGGAUCGAAACGUAAGGAUCAGGAUAAUAAUAAGUCUUCGGUGGCCAAUUCGAAAGAACGUUUUAGUUAUCCCGGAACGGGUGUAAGCAAUGAACGUCGUCUAUCCAGCAAAGAGACAUUUGCCAAAAUGUUAAUCGAAGAAGUAGAGGCAGCUGCCGCUGCAUCGGCAGCACAGAAAAAAGAUGAGGAGUCUCCACAAAUGAAAACAAGAACUGUUUCCUUUAGUGCCAAUCAAUCGACAAAUUCCAAUAGCUCUUCGCCGAAACCACACACCAACACCACGACCACAACCGGUAGUGGCCAUCAUCAACAUCUAACAGCCAGACCUCAAUCCUAUGAUCUGCUUAAAGUUAAAAAUCGUAAUAGUUAUUGUGUAACGAAUGAUGUUUUGCAACAACAACAACAACUGCUGCGCAGUUAUUCUGGCGAUAUAACCAAAGAUUCUACGCGUGAUACGCACAAUCAAAAAUUGUCACAACAAAGUCAUCAUCACUCAAAUGAAAUGGAACAAUCGAAGUUGUCUGUGACACCUUCAUCACCCAUACAGAGUCCUCGUUAUUCCCUGUUGGUGGGUGAUACAAGUUCCGAAAAUAGUUCAGCUGUAAAUACACCACAACAUGAUUUGGAUCCAUUGAUGGUGUCCUCGGCCAUGUCUGGUAUAUCGGGCAUUUCGGCUGGGUCAUCCAAUCAAAUGCAACAAAUGUUAUUGGGUGUGGAUGCGAGCAGUUAUUUAGGCACCUCAGCAGAGAGCAUAGGAUCAAAUAUAAUUGAAAAACGUGAUAUGCAAGCCUUGAAACGUGAACUAUCGCUGGACUUAAAUCCCGUUGGAGGUUCCAAACUCUCAGCUGAAUCUUCAGCACAACGCAAUCAGCACAACUUAAUUUCACCCAAUUCCAAUUUUACCGAUAACACCAGCCAAUCGGUAACGCCCAGUGAAUAUGGCUAUCAAAAUUUACAAAGACAAUUGAGCAUGCACUCGCUCAUUGAGACCGAUGAAAAUUCCCCAGCCUAUGAGGAAUAUGAAAAUACACCCAGUAAUCUUAAUUCACCCCUUAAAACCGUAGCUAGUCCAAUUAAAUCCACCAUUAGCAUUACAUAUAAUCUAAAGAGUCCCACUAAGGAUAGGUCCAAACAAUCACAUUCCAUCACCCAGCCACUGUUGGAAACUUCUUUCGAUGAGAACACGGUCUAUGAACAGGUGAAAUUCUUUAGAAAUUCUGUUACCGAAGUUAAUCAGCUGUUGAACGAAGAACGUAAAUAUCCCCAAAAGGAAUUGGAAAAUUUGGCUGAGGUGGAGGAAUUAAGUGAAAGUGAAAAGGAUUCGGAUAAGGAUACACCCAUCGAUCCCCACGGAGGGGAUGACAUACAAAUGUCCGAUGAAGAAAAAUUGCUAUAUGAAAAUGUGGAGUUGAGGAAACCCAACAGCGUUUAUCAAAACUUAAUGGGUGAGGAAAUGAAGGCGUUGCUCAAAGAGGAAUCUAGCAAUCCUGAUAGCUAUGAAGAUCCUGAAGUGGAAUUGGAUAGCUUAGAUAGCAUUAAAGAUCACGAAUCCGAAACUAUUGAAGUGGCAGCCAAUACCGCCAGAAGAUCACCUUCCAAUUUUAGUGUCAAAGAAUUGGCCACCAAAUUUGAAGUUUCUCCCGUUGAACAAAUGCCAGCUUUUGAUUUUUCUGGCAGCAGAAGUUCCAUCAGAAAACCAAAUACAUUGAAUACCGCCACACAUCCUGAAAGAUCUUCAAAGAAUCAUCAGCAACAACAACAAACGGCUAGUCUUAAGCAAAAAUUGAAUAAAACUCAACAAAUCACCAGAUCUCUGGACGAGAAUGCUUUCAUACGGGAAUUUGGUAAUAAAAAUCUACAAGAAUUGAAAUCGUCUCAGCAACUCAAUCAACAAUCCGGCAAUGAGGCGGGAAAUCGAAGAAAAAGUUUUGAUUUCACACGGCCCAAAACUUUAAAUCCACCCAAAAGACUGCCUGGCAUGCCCAUAACUGAAGAAUAUUGUGCUUCCAAGGCCAACAACGACAAAACAACGCUAAAGAUUGAUUUACCCAAAGAAAAGAACUUCAACAACUCGCUGGAACAUGACUAUGACAAUGCUGAUUUGAAAAUCACACCCACAACCGAAAAUCGCAUUUCUCUAAUACAAAAUAAUGUACAUCCCGAAAAUACUGCCGAUCUUAAUAAUUCCAAUAUUUCCACAUCACCAACACACUCCACUGGUGGUGGUGGUGGAGCUGGAGGAGCCACAACGCCCUCAACUAAUCUCAAAGUAUUAUCCGGUGUCAAAUUGGACAGAGAACGCAUUGAUCGCAUUAAAGAGGAACGACGUCAACAGCUGACACAAAAAUAUCAUGCUGACUCGUUUAAAUCGAAAUCCAAAACCGAUUUAAAUCUAACCAAAAACGAAGAUGAUAAAUUCUCCACAGACAAUACAUCGCUGAGGGUUAAAUCAAAAUCCCGUGCCGAUAUGCGUACUCUACAAAAAGACAUGGAUAAUCUAAAGGAAUUUGGUCGUAAUCCUCCGUCGUCAGCCGUGUCGGAAACAACACUAAAUACACAACAUCGUGUACGUAGUAUAUCCGAUGAAAAGAAUCAAAAUAGUUAUGAUCAAACGAAUGCAAAUAACACGGCUGCGGCUGGAGCUGGUGGUGAUUCAUUUUUGAAACGAUCACAACAUUCUCUAAAUAAAGUCAAUACAACGAAACCACCCUCAACAUCGUCAACCGUGUCUAGUACAGCCACAUCUGAUCAGGAAGAAUUUUCCGCUAGAGCCACAGUACAAAAAUUUGAACGUAAAAGUAUGGACUUUGCCAAUGGUGUGAAUACCACCAUCGCACCAUCAUCAAGGGAACGUUCUUCGGUGAAAUCAUCACAUGAACUGGGCUGCUCAUCCGGAUUAUCACCAGCAACGCGAAAUAGUAUAUCAUCAAACCGUGAAAAAAUCUCACCACAAUUUUCCAUACGUGAUGUAACCGCCAUGUUUGAAUCUCGUUCACAAAAUCAGCAAUAAUUGAAUGGUAACAU